AUGGGUUUCACAAGAUUUGGGCGGCCAAAAGGAGCGCAAGGGCAGUCGAGCCCCAACCUGUACGUGGCCAACUGUGGGCCAGCGGUGGGACUCUCCUAUGACACCAUUGUUUCGGUGUUUGGGGCCUUCGGUGAAAUCAAAGGAGUCUUUGCGGCUGAUGAGAGCGGUGCUCGUGUUGUUGUGUGUUUUGCUGAAGAGGGCUGUGCCCAGAAUGCCUUCAAUGCACUGAAUGGACGACCUUGUGCUGAGCUUGGAGGGCGUUCCUUGCACAUUCGCUAUUCUGUGCUUCAACCCACUUCACAAUCACAGGGCCGAGUCAAUGACUCAGUUCCUGUAUCUUUGCUGGCCUCAGAGCUAAACAUUCCUGGCCUUUACCUAAUGCACGACUUUGUUACUGCUAAAGAAGAGGAGGAGUUUCUUGCAGCAGUUGAUGAAAGGCCUUGGAAAAAUCUUUCGAAAAGAAGGGUUCAGCAUUAUGGCUAUGAAUUUUGUUAUGAAACAAGGAAUGUUGAUUCUAGAAAGAACUUAGGUGAACUUCCAGCAUUUGUUUCUCCCAUACUUGAAAGGAUAGCUAUGCUUCCCAUGCGUGAGGAUGCUGAAGCUAUAAUUUUGGACCAAUUGACGGUUGAGUUAUUGAAGCAUGGUAUGCAUUUAAGACUGAAGAUAGACUAUUAUAUUACAGGGCCUUGCAUUAUGGAGUUCAGAAGAUAUCUUGAUGCGGGGUUGACUCCUAGAGCUUCCUCAAGUUCUGAUAUUGAAAUAGAAAGUUCUGAAAACAAUUCAAAUUUCUUAAGGAGGGCAAUCUAUCUUCCUCCUCGAUCUUUGCUACUGUUAACUGGAGAGGCACGCUAUGCUUGGAAUCAUUACAUUCCACAUCAUAAGAUUGACAUGGUGAAAGACAGUGUGAUCAGAAGAGCCUCGAGAAGAGUGUCUUUCACAUUUCGUAAGCUUAGGAAGUGA